AUGUUUGCCAAGCCAAUUAAAGUGAGUGGAAACGUGCUACUGAAGAAUAAAGACGCUAAGAAACUUCGUCGUGACGUGGCUGAGCGCUUUGAAUCGACCAUUGAAGGUCCCGAUGAUUCAAAUCUAAAGCAAUUGCUCACGUCCAAGACUGUUAUUAAGAAAAUCAGCUUCCAGGCGCCAUCUCGUGUCGUCGUUUUUACUGCAGAAGAGACAAAGGAGCCGCUCAUGUUUGAUGUAACAGGAAAAGGUGAUUUUUGCUUUAGUGUGUACGCACUAUGGCGAGUUCCAAUGCUGUUGCCUCCACUUACGGUACAUGCACCUGUGAGUGAAUUUGUGCUGCGUGGAGCGGACGUGAUGCUGCCAGGUGUUGUAUUUACAUCCAUGGAGCAGAUCCAGACGCUGUGCAAAGGUGAGCUACGAGCUGUUUAUGCCCAAGGUAAUCCAUGUGCUAUUGGUGUGGGUGAGGUGCUAGUGAAUGCAGCGGAUGUGGAACGUAGUGGCAUGAAAGGAAGAGCGCUAAAGCUCUGGCAUGUGGUGGGAGAUUUGUUGUGGCAAAUGGGACCAAAAACAUUGCCGAACGAGGGUUUUUUGGACGAUUGCGUGGUGCCAAUUGCACGAGGACAAGAAGAAAAAGACGAUGAUGAUGGUGGUGGUUGGACGUUGGAAGGUGUGAAAAUAAAAGAGCAGAAGCAGGAAGAAGACAAGGAGAGAAAGGAGAUGAACGAGGUGACUAAGGAGCAGAUGGAUAGCUACUAUGUGGCUGCUUUGUUGCAAGCGCUAAGGACCUUGCAGAUCCGCGAGAUGGAGCUACCGAUGCUAGCGAGUUUGUUCCAUGCCAAAGUGUUGUUGCCAUGUCGUCGUGCUGGUGUAUCGCUGAAUAUCAAACACAGCUCGUUUAAGAAAUUGUCCGUGUUCCUGAGGGGAAUGGAAGCGCAUGGAUUGCUGACAGUGGCUGAUAAUGAUGGUGUGCAGUCAAUCACAGCAAUUUGCAGACGCCACUCGGAUGUGCUGUCGCAUGAGGCGUAUCGCACGGCUGCUGAAGCGCAGCAGGAAGAGCAGAUUGCUGCCAAUAAAGCGGCAGGGCUUUCUGAUUUUGCUCCUGGCCAGUACGCACCUGAAGUGGAGGAGAGUGUCGGUCUACCGCCUGCGUUAAAAGCGCUGCUUUUGUCUGAUGCUCCUGCUGGCAAGCCGUUGCAAAAGUACUGGUCAUUUGCGAUGAUUCGAGACUUGGUGACGCAGUAUAUCGAAAGUCAAGGACUAGUAGAGGCUGGAAACAAAAAGUAUGUGCGGCUGAACGCCCCUCUUACAGACGCUUUGUACGGCAAGAAAGUGCCAGUCGGUGGAUACCCAGAGCGUCUCACUCGACCAGAAGUGUUAAACCUCCUGUUGUCCAAGUGUACGCACUACCAUCGAAUAAAGCUUUUCCCUACGCAUGCAGCGAAAUUUCGUGGUGGUGCUGUACGUCCGAUUGCGAUUCACGCAGGAAAAUUGAAGCGCCGAAACAACACGACAGUUACAAACAUUGCGUUCUAUCAGCAGUUUGGCAUCGACGGUGCCACAUUUGCCAAAGAGGCGCAAAAGAAGUGGGGGUGUAGUGCUACACUUCAGAUAUCUGAGGACAAAAGCAAAGGCGAAGAGAUUCAAAUUCAUGGUCAAAUGGUAAACGAGGUGUUGGAAUAUUUGAACACCAAGCAUUGCAUUAAUGCUAAGUACUGCAUCGUGACAUACGGAAAGGGUGUCAAAGCUAAGAAGAAAAAGUAA